AUACUCUACAAAAACAGUAGUAACAAAGAGAAUUCAAGAAUAUACUAGAACUGUAUAUAAUAAUGAAGCAAUAAAUGAAUCAAAAAUACUAAGACUCUACAAAUUCAUCAAAAAACACUCUCAAGAAGAAUGGACUACUCCUGAAAACCAAGAGAUAAUAAGACAAAUGAAAUUUAACUCCAUUACUGAUAGGUACAAUUACCAAAAUCAUGAUACUAUAGAAGAAUACUAUAGAGAAGAAACUCUUUACUCAGAAGAUGAAAGUACAUAUUAA